AUGAUUUUCAGCAAAAAAGAAAAAAACUACCAAAAUCCUAGGCUAUGUGACAAUUUGUUCCACAUAGCAGUCGGUCCAGUCAUUAUUUUUGGGAAUCUCUUCGGAAUUAUGCCCGUCUCGGGAGUGUUAUCUAACGAUGUCAGCAGAGUGAAGUUUAGAUGGUUAACAUUGAAGACAGUAUUUUCCAUCUGUGUGAUAGUGCUUGGAUCGCUGGAGGUUGCCACAGCCGCUCAUCGCACAUAUAGAAGCGGUUUUAAAUUGUAUUCUUUUGGUGAACAUAUACUUUACCUAAAUGGUGCCUUUACAAAUAGCAAACUGCAAAUUGAGAAAUGCAAUUUCACGUUUGGAAUCGUCGAAAAUAUGUAUAGGCGGGAGCGAGCUCACUAUUUUGAUUUGGUUUACUUCGAAAUAUGGAUGACCCCAAUCGUUGCCUGGUUGCAAUUGUCCUUGACCAUGUGCUGGACUUUCAUCGACACCUUCAUAUCAGUAAGCAGCAUCACAAUUGCAUUCAAGUUCAAACUGAUAACAGAAAGAUUGCAAGUCACCAAAACAAAGGUGAUGCCGCAGUCAUUUUGGAUGGAUAUCCGGCAUGAUUACGCCAAGCAAACCGAUUUGGUUUUCUAUUUGGAUGAUCAAUUUUCCGCGAUCAUCUUGCUGGCUUGCACUAAUGGCUUAUAUGUUACAUGCCUCCAAUUGUUCAAUAUCUCUAUGGAAAGGCCAAGUACUAUGGACCAAAUAUUUUCAUGGUUUUCGUUGGUUUUUUUGAUAUCGAGGACACUAGCCAUGUUAUUUUUUGCUUCAACCAUCCACGAUGCAUCGAAGGAACCGCUGGCUAUAUUGCGUGAUAUACCCACCAAGUACUGGACAUUGGAGGUUCAGCGAUUUGCAAGCGAAAUUAGCCACCAAACCAUCGCUUUUUCGGGGAAACAAUUCUUCUUCAUAACGAGGAAGCUAAUUUUUGCUAUGAUCGGAACAGUGGUUACAUACGAACUAGUACUUUUGGACCGCAUCGAUGAAUAUUCAGAUAUUACUGAUUUUUUGGAAAAAUUGCGAGGGACGCCGGAUUUCGGUGAUAUGGUCACGAAAUCUGCGCUAACGGGAACACUCGUGAAUAAGAAGGUCGAUGGGAAACGACCAAAAGGUCGGGCGAAACAAUGGUUGUAUGAUACACUAGAUGGUGAUUUGCAAGCCUCCCAACUCGAUUCAGAUAAGAUCUUUGAGGUCCUUCCACCUGAGUACUGGGACGACCAGCGUAAAUACUACACAGCGCUCAGUGAGUUGAUGUCGACUGUUGACGAGAAAAUUGGAAUUAUAACGUUGAUAUCAUUCAGUAUGAAUUUGUACUACGUGUGCCUGCAAUUAUUCAAUAGCGUAAUACCAAGCGAUACAUUCAUUAGAGCGUUAUACUUUUGGUACUCACUAUGUUUUCUCAUUGGCCGAACUGUGGCAGUGUCGUUUUUCGCAUCCAGAAUACACGACGAGUCGAAAAAGCCAAUAGAAGAAAUGAGACUAAUUCCUACCGCUGCAUUUACUAAAGAGACAAAACGUCUUCUGGAGCAAGUAACAAACAGCACAAUUGCACUUAGCGGAUUUAAUUUUUUCUAUGUAACGAGACAAUUUAUCUUGAACGUUGCCGGAACAAUUGUGACCUAUGAAUUAGUUCUGGUGCAACUGCAUAAGGGCGAGUCGGGCCCCGAGGAUCCUUGUGCUCGUUAAUUCGAGAAUUGUGCUUUAAUUUCCAGGGUGCAUUUUGUGUGCUUGUUUCUUGUACAGGGUAUUACGCUGUGGCAUGCACCGGUUUAUUGUUAUUGUGCUGGCGUUUUUGAUCGUCCUAAAAUUCCAUCUUAACAUGUGUGCUUUUGUUGGCGCGAAUUAAA